GACCAAAUUUUGUUUCGGAGCUGAUCACAGCGUUCAUUUGAACCUGUUACACAACAUAAACCAGAGAGGGCCCAAGAAAACUUUUCAUAUAGCUAAACGAGCGAAAGUAAAAAAGAUGAACCAGAUUUCAAGGAUUUUGAAGGGUGGCUCAGUGCGGAAAAUAAACAGCAUAUUUUGUAGGAAUGCAAGUGCAGCUACUUCGUCAACAUCGUCAGUUUUCCAAGACUUAGCAUGCGCAGAUGGAAAAAAGAGGCAACCAAAAUUUGCAAAAUUUGAUUAUUCUGAUGCAUUGAACUUGGAGUCAAGACUAAAUGAAGAGGAAAUCAUGAUAAGGGACCAAGUGAGGCAGUAUUGCCAAGAAAAGUUAAUGCCACGAAUAACAAUGGCAAACAGGCAUGAGGAGUUUGACAGAAAUAUUAUGCAUGAAUUCGGAGAGCUUGGUGUCCUCGGAUGCAUGAUUGAUGGUUAUGGUUGCUCAGGAGUUUCCUCAGUUACAUAUGGAUUAAUUGCAAGAGAAGUUGAAAGGGUUGACAGUGCCUAUCGUUCAGCAAUGAGUGUCCAGUCUUCCCUUGUAAUGUACCCAAUAUACCUUUUUGGAACUGAGGAACAAAGGCAGAAGUUCUUGCCAAAGCUAGCAACUGGUGAGCUUGUUGGUUGUUUUGGCCUCACUGAGCCAAAUCACGGAAGUGACCCUGCUGGUAUGGAAACCAAGGCUGUACACAAUCCAUCAGGAAACAGCUUCAUUCUGAAUGGUUCAAAACAGUGGAUUACAAAUUCACCAAUAGCUGAUGUUUUCAUUGUUUGGGCAAAAUGUGAAGACCACAAAAUAAGAGGUUUUAUUUUGGAAAAGGGAAUGCCCGGUUUAUCAGCUCCAUUAAUCGAGGGAAAAUUCUCAUUGAGAGCAUCAAAAACUGGAUCAAUAGUUAUGGAGGAUGUUGAGGUCCCUGAAGAAAACUUGUUACCUAAUGUUGAAGGUUUAAAGGGUCCUUUCCACUGCCUUACAAGCGCACGAUUUGGAAUAGCAUGGGGUGUGCUUGGUGCUGCCGAGUUUUGUCUUGAGACGGCAAGACAGUACACCCUUGACAGGCGACAGUUUGGUAGGCCAUUAGCCCAGAAUCAGCUGAUGCAAAAGAAAAUGGCUGAUAUGACAACCGAGAUUUCAAUUGGACUACUAUCAUGCUUGCAAGUAGGAAGACUAAAGGAUGAGGGAAAACUCAGCACUGAAAUGAUUUCACUGGUCAAGAGAAAUUCGUGUGGAAAAGCAAUUGAUAUUGCUAGAAUGUCACGUGACAUGCUUGGAGGAAAUGGAAUAUCAGAUGAAUAUCAUGUUAUACGCCAUGUAAUGAAUUUGGAAGCUGUGAAUACUUAUGAAGGAACCCACGAUAUCCAUGCAUUAAUUUUGGGCCGUGCAAUUACUGGACUGCAGAGUUUCAUGUAAUUAAUUUUCGUCAAUGGGCUGUUGUAUUGUCGUGUGGAACCAAGCAGUUAUAGUAAUGCUCCUGAAAUCUAGGCCAUUCAUUCAAACAAUUCUCUUUAAAAGUCUGAAAAGUCCGGUACUCAAAACACAUCACACAUCCACUCUGUAGUAUUCUAUUUAUAUCGACAAAAGCUCGGGAAGUGUUUCUUUUGCUCAGCAUUGUAUUCAAAAUUGUUUUAUUCCUAAAUUAGAAGAACAGCACGUAUUUUGUAGAAAUCGGUAUAGUGUGUAAAGUGAAUUUUGUUAUAGGUAAAACCACAAGUUUUUGCUAUUUCUUUUUGACUAAUUUCUUAAAUGGUCUGCUCAACCUUAAAUUACAAAUAGUGUGAAUUUAGCGAUAUGAAGAAUAAAAUCACUUUGAAGUAACUUUUCGCUGUUUUUGCUUUAUUUUAUCUAAUUUAUUUAAACGUUUAAUUUUGGUGUUGAGUAUUAUGUCAGGAA